CUCCAUUUCAUUUGCACAAGAAAGGGAUAUAGUAUUCAGUUAUUAUAUGUAACAGAAAAGGACAAAGCUAUACUAUUUCCGUCUCUCAGUGCGUGCCAGUUUUUUCAAGGCCAGCAACUUAUGUAGCUCAACAAACUUUGACAGUUAUUUCGUCUUUGUGAAAUCGUAAGUUUAUUUUGGCAGUUUUCUACAUCAUUUAUAAAUAUAUUUGCUUGCAUAGAUUGUUUCAAAGCCGUGAUAAACCUAUAAUACAAUGCGCUGUAGUGUACUUAACUGUAAAAGUGAUAGUGAGCGGAAAAUACCAGGAUUGUCCUUUCAUGCUUUCCCGCAUAACCCUAAUAUUCGAAAAAAAUGGAUUGCUGCCUGUGGUCGAAAUGAAUGGGUUCCAAAAAAGAGUUCCAAAAUUUGCAGCAGACAUUUUGAUGCGGACUAUAUAUUAAGAAAAGGAAGAUAUAUUUACAUUCAUCCUGAAGCUUUUCCAGUUAUUAUGCUUGGAAAUGACGAAAAUUCUAAAAAGUCAUCUGAACCCAUGCCAUCUACAUCUGCAGUAAUAGCGUUGACGACCAUCACAGAUAGUCACCCUGUGUCUACUGAUGUGUUGCAAUGCGAUACACAAUCUGAGCCUUUUGACGAUAUGGAAAAUCUUAAUAAACGCAUGAAAUCUGCAACUACCGUGAUACCGUUGGCGACCAUCACAGAAAAUUACCCUGCAGCUACUGACGUGAUGCAAUGCUCUACAAAAUCUUUGCCUGAAAAGUCACCUGAAUUCACACCAAGAACUUUGAAAAAAAAAUGGAAAAAUGAAGAAAAGCGAUCUAAAGGAAGAAUAAAAAAAUUAAGGGCGCUUCGAGAAAAAUCGCGAAGGUUGAAUAAGAAAGUGGCAAAUUUAGAAAAUAUUCUAACAAAAUUAAAGUCAAGAUCACUUGUUAGUGAAGAAGAUUGCAAUUUAAUUGGAUCAGUUGAAUGCGUCAACAAAGACUUCUUGAAAAAAAUUACUAGCCCUGGUCCUGCUAAUUCUAAGUAUUCUCCAGCUCUCCGAAAAUUUGCGCUUUGCUUGCAUUAUAUAAGCCCGAGGGCAUACAACUUUGUAAGGAAUUCAUUCAAUUCUUGUUUACCACAUCCAUUUACUUUACGUACAUGGUAUAAGAGUUUUGACGGUAGCCCAGGAUUUACGGAUGAAUCACUUGAAUGUAUUAAGUUAUUAGUUAAGCGUGCUAAAGAUAAAACAAUUUAUUGCGCUCUAUCUCUGGAUGAAAUGGCGAUUCGGAAACAUGUUCAGUGGGACGGUAAGCAAUGCGUGGGAUUAGUAAAUUUUGGAGAAGUGUUAGAUGGACAUAAUGUUGCUGUUGCUAGGGAAGCACUAGUAUUUAUGGUCACUGCUGUAAACGAUAGUUGGAAAAUUCCAGUGGGCUAUUUCUUGGUGGAUGGUUGUACAGGGGCACAAAAGGCAAAUUUGGUAAAACAAUGUGUGGAACUUUUAAUUUCAUGUGGAGUUAAUAUAAUUUCACUGACGUUUGACGGUUGUCCUGCCAAUUUUUCUAUGGCCAAAUGCCUUGAUUGUCUUUUGGAUCCUUUAGAUUUGAAUAAUCUUAAAACUUCUUUUACCAUUAAGAAUCAAGAAAUCUCAAUUUUUCCCGAUCCAGCACAUAUGCUGAAAUUAGUAAGAAAUACCCUUGGAGAAAAAAAUGAGCUUACCAACUUAAUUGGUCAAAAAAUAUCUUGGCAAUUUAUUGUUAAUCUUCAUAAUUUACAAAAUAAUGAAGGCCUUCAUUUGGCUAAUCGACUCCGAAACCAACAUAUAAAUUUUGCAAAACAAAUUAUGAAAGUAAAAUUGGCAGCCCAAACGUUCAGUAAUUCUGUAACUGAAUCUAUAGAAUUUUGUCGAAAAGAUUUAGGAUCGGCAGAUUUUGUUGAUUCAGAAGCUACCGUAGAAUUUAUAAAAAAUAUUAAUAGUAUAUUUGAUAUUUUAAAUAGCAGAAACUUCCAUACAUUUGAUUUCAAGAAACCUAUGAAUAAUAAGAACUACCCUGACAUUGAAAUGUUCUUGAAUGAAAUGGAAAAUUACAUAGUUGGAUUGAAAUUAAAAGAUCAACCAAUAUUACAGACUAAUAGAAAAGUAGGGUUUUUUAGAUUCUAUAUUUGUAUUAAGAGUCUUAAAAAUGUUUAUAAAAAUUUAAUCGCUUCCAAGAUUUUGAACUUUGUGCCCUUGUACAAAAUGAGCCAGGAUCACCUGGAAUGCUUUUUUAGCUCUAUUCGUGCUAAAGGUGGAUUUAACAAUAACCCAACAGCUAUGCAAUUUAAAGGCUCAUAUAAAAGACUAGUUAUACAUGGGGAAAUAAAACAUAUUACAUCAGGAAAUUGCAUCCCACUAGAAGACAUAAAAAUUUUAACUUUCAGCGAAAUGCGGUACGAAAAUAAAAUUAAUUUAUUUACGCAUACAGCUGAAUCGUUUGAUAAUUUCGAGUCAGUAGAAAGUUUACCAGCUGUCGAUAGUGACCAUGACUACUUGUCAGACCCCUCUAGGCUUUCUUUGUACACACAAGAAGUCAUUGCGUACAUAGCCGGAUUCGUUGUAAAAAAGUUGAAAAAAGUAAUUAAAUGUGAGGAAUGCCUCCUAACUUUAAUCUCUAAUAAGUAUGAUGGAUUUAUUGCCAAAAAAGAUAAAGGAGGGUUGAUCUAUCCAUCGAGGAGCGUAAUCAAAAUAUGCGAACGUGCUGAAAAAAUAUUUAGAUUGCGUUCACAUGAAGGUAUCAGCUUUUACAAUGAGAAAAACUUAAUGCAGAAAUUAAUACUUUCAUGUUUUAAGGACUGUUUAAAUGACAUUUAUAUAUUUGAAAAACUUCACAAUAAUGAUGACCAAACACUGAUUGGAAAUCAUAGAAUAAUGCUUUUGAAAGCAGUCGCCAUGAAUUACUUUGAAGUAAGGAUUCACUAUAGUACCAAACAGUGUUUUGCACCCAGCGAUAGGAUUCGUAAUAUACAUAAUAAACUAGUGUUAUUCAAAGGACAAUAAAUGAUUCUCUCUGUUCUUAUAGAGUACGUUUACAUUAAUAAAAAUGUUGAUUGUGA